UUCGACCUCAAUAAUAAGUAUUGGAACUAUGCUGUCUACCAGAACAGAUUCAAGAUGCCAGGACCUGUGCAUGUUCAUGUACAUUCAAGUACAUCUCAGCGCAAUGAAAGUUCUACAAAAAAGGAUGACUUUGGGAGAUAUUUGCAGAAGCACACCGACCAUCCCUACUUUGAAUGUGACCACUGCAGAAAAACUUUUAAUAAUAAAGACAAUCUCACUGCUCACAUACUUGAGCACAUGAAUAAUCAACGUUUGAAAUGUGUAAAGGUUUAUUUGAAUGAAAAAAGUCUUGGACAACACUUUUUGGUAAACCCGCGCAAACAUCGAUUUGAAUGUCAAUUGUGCGGUAAAAUAUAUUCAAGUAAAGAAAAUCUCCAGGCGCACAUUCGCAUUCACACUGAAGAACGUGCGUAUGGGUGCCAAAUCUGUCAUAAAGCCUUCUAUUCUAAACAGGCUUUGAAAAAGCAUACUACAAUACAUGCAGAGAAACGUCCUUUGUAUAUGUGCAAUAUUUGUGAUAGAUCUUUGAAGCAUAAGAAUUCCCUCGUGGCACAUGUGCGGCUACACACUGGUCAGCUUCCAUACAAGUGUGCCAUAUGUGACAAAGAGUUUAAUCAUAAAAGUCAUUAUGACAGUCAUGUACGCGUACACACUGGUGAAUACCUUUAUCAAUGUAAAAUUUGUGAAAAAUCUUAUAAUACAAAAUAUUGUUUUCAAAACCAUACUCUUAAAUAUCACGACAAGGAGUCGAAAACUUACUCCGAAAAACUUCAUUUCAAUGGCAAUUCAUGUAAUAAAAUCUUUUAUCGUGAAUCUAGUUUAAAUAUUAACAAACAGACACAUACGAGUAUGAAAGAUUCUCGCUACACUUGCAAAGUGUGUAAUAAAAUUUAUAGCCAAUCAUACAGUUUGUUGAGGCACUUGAGAAUACACACCGGUGAACGCCCAUAUAAAUGUAAAAUUUGCAGCAAAGCAUUUUAUCGUGUGGAUUAUCUUCGUGACCACGUACUCAAACACAAUCGUUGAAAACAUUUCCACAUAAUCUUUACACUUACUUAUUAAUCAAGUAUUACAUCAUCAACAGAUGCACUCAAUCACACAGUGUUUUUCACAGAAUAUGAAUCAUAUAAUAGCGAAAAAAUUUACUUUUGUAAUCUAAAGGCACAUCUAAAAAGAUCCAACAUUAAACACGCAUGAAGAAAAAUAGUAUCAAUAAUUUUUAGUUGUAUAGUGAUGCGGGCUCAGAUC